AUUUGCUCAGACCACAACGAUUGUCUAAGUGGUGCAUGUCAGGACAACUUAUGUGUGGAGUGUGGUACCUCAUCCGGAUGUUCAAACGAUGAGUUCUGUAGCAAUAGCUGGGAAUGUCUCCCUAAGCUUCAUCUCAACCAGAUAUGUUAUGAGAAUGUGCAGUGUCUCUCUGGCCUCUGUAAUCGAAAUAUAUGUGUAGAGUGCGAGAAACACCAUGACUGCCAAAACGGAUAUUUGUGCAUAAACACUAACACUGAAACAUUACCGAAUUCAUGUUCGAUUGGAAAAGAAAUUGGGGAACCUUGUUCUGUGUAUGACGAAUGUUUUUCGAUGGUAUGUGAAAAAGAAAAGUGUGUAGAAUGUUGGUUUAAAUGGGACUGCCCAGAUGGACAUUAUUGUGCAAAUGUAUUCACCAAUUUAGAGAGUUUCUGCGACCCACAACUUAAAUACGGUGAUUCAUGCCUUGAAGAUGAAUGGUGUGAGAGUUCCAUAUGCUACGAGGGUUUCUGUGCUGAUUGUCACAAUGACCCCGAUUGCAAUACAGGGGAGUACUGUGAACAAUCAGGAGAUUUCACAGAACCAAACAAGUGCGUUUUAAGAGACGUUGGGAUGAUCGGC